ACAGGAAAAAUGGCGGCUGAGUCUCUAGCCCCGCCCCCUUUGCAUCCUCGAUCUUGGCAGGCUGCGGCUGGCUAGAAGACUACAAGAUGAUGGCCGCCGCUGGUUGCAUUGUAGUAGCGUUGGCCGCACUGCCCGUGUAUAGAGAGAGAGCAGCCACUAGAGAGACGGGGGCGCUAAUGUCCCUAUCACCGCGCAGGACACUCACUAGGCUGCACUGUAGGGAGAGAAUGCGCAGCAGCAGGAGGAGGAGGAGGAGGCGCUGUACCGGAAGUCACCACAUUUCAUUGGCAGCGCCACAGUCACUAGAGUAAAAUCAUGUACUAUUACAACUGUCCUUGCUUCCUGAAUCGGCGGCCAUUUUUCAGUGGUCUCCAGCAGAAGAAACCGGCAGCGAACGAAUGCAGCGCGUGAGACGCGGCAGUGAGGAGUGGUUAAGCUGAGAGACGUGCACAGAGACGUUACAGAGGACACAGUCCUGUACAGAAGCCAUCAUGGAAACGUUAAGAAUGUACAAGGGUGAAGAGCUGACUAAUAUUAAAGAAGAAGCUAUAGAGGGAGAAGAGGAGACGUAUGUGACAGGUGAUCAGCAGUGUAAGGAGGAGGAAAUCCCCACAGAUAUCAGCACAGAUUUGAAAAUAGAAGAUGACAUUACCACAGGAAAUUCUCCUGGAGAAAGCCGCAUUACUCCAAAUAUACAUUUAGUCCAUCACAGUGCGGAUACAUCACCUGAUCCCUCCAAUAAUGAGGAAUGUUCCGCUGAUGACUCUGAUAUUGGUACAUAUAGAACAACCCGCAAAUUAUUUGCCUGUUCUGAAUGUGAUAAGCGUUUUCUAUGUAAGUCACUGAAAUUAAGGCAUCAGUUAACUCACACAGGUGAGAGGCCGUUUCCAUGCUCAGAGUGCAGGAAAUGUUUUGCACGGAAAGCAGACCUUGUUAAACAUCAGAGAAUUCACACAGGGGAGAAGCCGUAUCCAUGUUCUGAGUGUAGGAAAUGUUUUAGAAAUAAAUCAGGUCUUGUUGAACAUCAGAAAACUCACACAGGGGUGAAGCAGUUUCCAUGUUCUGAAUGUGGGAAAUGUUUUAGAAAUAAAUCAUGUCUUGUUAUACAUCAGAGAAUUCACACAGGUGAGAUGCCGUUUCCAUGUUCUGAUUGUGGGAAAUGUUUUAAACAUAAAUCAAGUCUUCUUAUACAUCAGAGAUCUCACACAGCUGAGAUGCCAUUUCCAUGCUCUGAGUGUGGGAAAGGUUUUGCAAACAAUUCAAGUCUUGUUGCACAUCAGAGAACUCACACAGGGGAGAAGCCGUUUUCAUGUUCUGAGUGCGAGAAAUGUUUUGCAUUGAAAGUAGAGCUUGUUAAGCAUCAGAGAACUCACACGGGGGAGAAGCCAUUUUUAUGCUCUGAGUGUGGGAAAUAUUUUGCACAAAGAGGAGGUCUUCGUGUGCAUCGGAGAACUCACACAGGGAAGCCGUAUCCAUGCUCUGAGUGUGGGAAGUGUUUUUCAAAGAAAUCAGAACUUGAUAGACAUCAGCUAAGCCACACAGUUGAGAAGCCGUUUCCGUGUUCAGAGUGUGGGAAAGGUUUUAUAGAUAAAUCAAACCUUAAGAGACAUCAGCUAAGCCACACAGGUGAGAAGCAGUAUCCGUGUUCUGAGUGUGGGAAAAGUUUUAUAGAUAAAUCAAACCUUAAGAGACAUCAGCUAAGCCACACAGGUGAGAAGCAGUAUCCGUGUUCUGAGUGUGACAAAAGUUAUACACGUAAACAUCAUCUUGUUAAACACCAGAAAAUCCACACACAAGAAUAAUGGGAUAUGGAUAAGUGAGUACACAAAAUGGAAGCUGGAUGUCAGUUGGUCUAUUGCUUAAAAGAAACUGUUGCUUUAAAUGUGAUUCUUAUAUAUUGCAGAAACUUUGAUUUUAGUAGCAAUUAAGGAAAUUAGUUUAGCUGUACAGUAUUUCAUAGACUGUGGUUAGAUAGUAUCCUAUAUAAAAAGUAUAUUUCUGCAACAGGGUACACUGUGAUUCCACAGGGAAUUACAUUGUGGUGUAGAGUUGGAUCUUGAUCCGAGGCACCAACAGGCUAAAGCUUUGACUGUUCCCAAGAUGCACUGCACCACCUCCUCUAUAUCCCCGCCUCCAGGCAGUGGAGCUCAGCUCAGUUUGUAAGUUGGUGCCUGCAGUGCAGGCAGCUAACAGGGAAGGCUGCGUUAGGCAGCCCUGAAAAGAGCUUUUCUGGGAAGAAAGAAGACUUCAAGGGCCGCAGCAUAGGCACUUGGUGCUAUUUGUCAUAGUGACAUAUCGUGUUGCGGAUCCCUCACCUCCCCCAGCGGCGCUGUAUACUCCCGUGCCCUGGUUGCCGGGUACUUACAGCGGAGGCGCUUCGGUCUCAUCAGGCACACACACCGCCGCUGCUUUUCUGGAUCGCGUGGCUGCACGAUAGGGAGGAGGUAAGAGGGUUCCCCAGGCGGGACCCGCCGAAAUCGCGAUCUGGUCGCGGUCUCCGGAGACUGACCACGCAGCUGGCGUGGACACUGUAGCCGUGCAGGGACCCCACUAUAUCCACCAGGCCAAGGAGCACAGGUCGGAUUUACUAAAAUCCGUUUAGUAUAAGCUCCAGAUUACCCGUGGUGAAGUCCAGCAGAGGGGACAAGGUGCUAACUUGUAGCCCCAGCCCCAGGCACCAUCUACAGCAGAUGUUUCCGCCCUGGAGCUGCAUCUCUCUCUCCCUCACUCCCUGUUAGCGUUUGGACGCCAUUACACAGAGCAACGCUGAUUCUGGGACUGCUGGGCACUGUCUCCUCUGUAAAGCCGCCUGCCUCAUCCAAUGAAGAUGGCGUAUAUACUGAUCCAUCAGACACUGAUGCAGAUGCUUCUGAUGGGGACUCUACAACACAGGUGGAUGUUCCUGACCUCUUGGAGGCUAUCAAACUGAUUCUUCAGAUUGAUGAUGAAACUGAACCUCCAGAUACGUCUAAGAAACCUGAUAAGUUCAAACGUCAGAAGGUUACUAAAUUAGUCUUACCACAUUCUGACCAUUUAGUUGACGUACGUCAGGAAUCCUGGGAGUCUCCAGGAAAGAAGUUCUCCCUGUCUAAAAAGAUGCUAGCUCAUUAUCCCCUCACUGCAGAGUUAAAUAAAAAUAGGGAAACACCACCUCUGGUGGACUCGCAUGUCGCACAUCUUGUGUCUUCUACUCUGCCUGUCGCUACCGUCACCUCUCUGAAAGAACCGACGGAUAAGCGUGUGGAGGGUUACUUGAAGUCUAUUUACACUCUUGCAGGUGCUGUACAUAGACCUACUAUAGCAGCUUCUUGGGCUGCAAAAGCUAUUGAAGCCUGGGUUCAAGAAGUUGAGGCAGAACCACCUCUGGAUUUUUCUGAUAAUGCCAGUGUCUUUCAUAUAUUACCACAGCCUCUCAUUUACAUUCAGGAGGCGGCCUCUGAUGCCGGUGUGCUGGCAGCCAAAGCGUCUACUACGUCCAUUUUGGCUCGCCGGAUUCUGUGGUUGCAGUCCUGGUCUGUGGAUCUGUACUAUAAAACACCUUGGAGGUGAUCCCUUUUAAGGGAAACAACCUUUUUGGGGAAGAUCUGAACAAGAUUGUUGCUGAUUUAGCGUCUGCUAAGACUGCAUGUCUGCUGAGUACUAAUCCCUCGGCUCCGAAGGCUAAGAGUACCACCUUUCGUUCCUUUCGACCUCCAAGUAAAGCAAAGGGUCAGGCGAACCUGAAACAGGCUUGCACUUCCAAAAUCUCUAAGCCCAAACCUAAACGUUCCUGGACUGCCCGUCAGCCUGCUUCCAAACCAGACAAGCCUGCUGCAUGACGGGGCGGGCCUCUCCAUGGGGGACCCCCCUGUGGUUCUCCAAGGUAUGGUUACAGACCACUUCAGACACCUGGGUGAGGGAAGUCAGUCACGGAUACGCCGUCUCUUUCAAGACACAUCCCCCUCGCCAGUUUUGCUCGAGAAAUAUCCCUUCGGAUCCGUUGAAAGCAAGAACUCUACAUUUGGUGGUACAAUCCCUCCUGGACAAAGAGAGGCAGGGGGUACUAUUCAACGUUGUUUCUAGUUCCGAAACCAAAUGGAUCCUCCCGACCCAUUCUCAACCUCAAGUCUUUGAACAAAUUUGUGAAGGUAUCCAAAUUCCAUAUGGUAACUCUUCGCUCUGUUGUUCUGGCUUUAGAGUCCAAGGACUAUAUGGUAUCCCUGGACAUUCAGGAUGCUUACCUACACAUACCUAUUGCCAUGUUGCAUCAGCAAUAUCUGCGGUUUGCUAUUGCAACCUACAUUAUCAAUUCCAAGCCUUGCCUUUUGGACUAACCACGGCUCCACGGAUUUUCACCAAGGUCAUGGUGGUGAUGACUGCCCUACUCUGCCAUCAGAGUAUCAUGAUCCUGCCGUACCUGGACGACUUGUUGAUUCUUGCGAACUACCCAGAGGUUCUCCUACGUCAUCUGGAACUGACGAUCCAAUUCCUAUAAGCCCACGGGUGGCUCAUCAACUGGAAGAAAUCCUCCCUGGUCCCUGCUCAGAGCAUGGUGCACUUGGGGGCAUUACUAGACACACACAAUCAACGGUUGUUCUUGUCUUCUGAGAAGGUCCUGAAACUUCAGGACAGGAUAAGAUGCUUCUUCUCUCACCCACGAGUGUCGAUACACUUGGCAAUGCAAGUACUAGGCCUCAUGGUGUCGGCUUUCGACAUGGUAAAGAAUGCUCAAUUUCAUUCUCUCCCUCUGCAGCGGUUAAUCCUUUCCAAGUGGGACGGCCUGCCUCACUGGAUCAGGUCUCACAUGAUUUUCUUGACUCCGGAAGUUCGUCUGUCUCUGAGCUGGUGGCUCCAGGACCAACGAUUGAGCAGGGUUUUCUUUUCUGAAUCUCCAAAUGGGUCCUUCUAACGACGGAUGCCAGUCUGCGGGGUUGGAGCGCUGUGUUGGAGCAACACUCUCUUCAGGGUCGGUGAACCAAGGAGGAACCUCUCCUCCCGAUAAAUAUUCUGGAGUUGCGGGCAGUGUUCAAUGCUCUGAAACUUGCCCUGCCUCUGGUACAGAACAGGCCGGUUCAAGUACAGUCGGACAAUGCCACCAUGAUGGCGUACAUAAAUCACCAAGGCGGCACUCGAAGCCCCAGGGCAAUGUUGGAAGUGUCAAAGAUUCUUCAGUGGGCGGAACGCCAUCUGCCACCCAUAUCGGCAGUGUUCUUUUCCGGGGGUCCUCAACUGGGAAGCCUACUUCCUCAGUCGUCAGGAUGUACCGCUGGAGAGUGGAGCCUUCAUCCAGUAUUUCAACUCCUAGUGGACAAGUGGGGCCUACCAGAUGUAGACCUGAUGGUGUCUCGACACAAUCACAAGGUUCCGGUGUUCGGAGCAAGGACAAGGGAUCCUCAAGCAACAUUUGUGGACGCACUGGCACUUCCAUGGAUCUUUUCGUCUGUCGUACGUGUUCCCUCCGGUGUCACUCCUGCCCAGGAUAAUAAAGAAAGUCCAAGCAAGAAGGAGGAAUACUACUUCUAAUCGCUCCAGAGUGGCCCAGACAGCAUUGGUUCUCAGACCUGCAGAGUCUCUCGAUAGAGCGUCCUCUUCUACUUCUGCAACACCCAGACCUUCUCGUUCAGGGCCCUUGUGUCUACCAGGAUCUGGCCAGACUGGCUUUGACGGCGUGGCUCUUGAAGCUUCAGUCCUGAGGGCCAAAGGAUUUUCUGAGACGGUCAUUCACACAAUGUUGAAAGCCCGUAAACCGGCUUCGGCUCGAAUUUAUGAUCGGGUCUGGAAUUCUUACUUCACUUGGUGUGCGGCUAAGAAUUAAGAUGCAUACAAGUUCAGUACUGCCAAACUUUUGGCUUUUCUGCAACAGGGCCUGGACUUAGGCCUUUCUCUGGCCUCCCUCACGGUACAUAUUUCAGCCUUGUCAGUUUGGUUUCAGAGAAAAAUUGCGUCUCUGUCUGACAUUCAUACUUUCACUCAGGGCGUUUUAUGGAUUCAACCUCCCUAUGGGGGUCAUUCUGACCCGAUCGCACGCUGCAGUUUUUCGCAGCGGAGCGAUCAGGUCAGAACUGCACAUGCGCUGGCGCCGCAGUGCGCUUGCGCAUGGCCGCCCGUCGCUGCGAUCGUCUCUGCCUGAUUGACAGGCAGAGGCGGUCGAUCGGCGGGAGGGGGCGAAACGGCGGCGUUUGGCCACCAUUUCAUGGGUGCGGUCCGGCCAACGCAGGCGUGGCCGGACCGUGCG